CAUGACGUUAAUGUAUGCGCAUCAUCUCGAUCGUCUGAAUUACCUGAGUCCGCUGGAUGGAAACAGAUCCGACAUGUUGGAUUUUCAAGCUUGAGAACCUGGAUGGACUUCUGUGAGAAGAUGGGCGUUUCCAAAGAUUUCCCCAAUGGUUUAAAAGGAAUGACCAGCACAUUUCCUCCCCCGACUUCACAAGAGCUUGAUGUUGCUGUUUUAACGUUCCUUGUGGAGUUCCUCAGCAAGCCAAUUGCUUUGUUUGAUGAACGCGUUCUGCAUCCAACCGGUCGGGAGAGGCCCCUUUACCUCCUGAUCUAUUCUGUCCUGUCCCAACUGGCACUGCUGAAUUUUGGCCAACGAUCUCUGGUUAUCUCCGAAGGUCCUGAUGAUCCAUGGGUCGACAUGAACCAGGAAGCCCCAGAAGAUGAGCAGCAACAGGAGUCCAGAAAUGUGGAGCAUGGCACAUGGUUACCAGUUCCAGGCAUGUGGUCAUCAGUUCUGCCUCUUCGAUUGGGUGCAGUUCGAAUGUGACCUCCUGUCAACAUCCAAUGGACAUUCUUCAUCAGUUGUGCCUGAGAUUUUCGCCCAUAUGCACAAUGUGCUGUACCCUGGUGAAGACAUCACCCAGGUUGCAGAUCGGGCAAAGCUGGGCAGUGCGAAACUUCAAACUCUGGCAGACAAGUGGGUGAAGCAUGUAAUCACAGGCGUGGUUAGAAGACGAAAGGUGAAGGUCCUGAAGCAGAUGCUGGCGGAAAGGGAGCAGAGGGAGAAGGAAAAUAUGCAGAAGCUGAAGGAAAAUAUGGAGGAGCUGGAGGCAGAGAAGAAGGCGGCACAGGAGAUUGAGGCAGAGAAGAAGAAGGUGGCACAGGAGAUUGAAGCAGAGAAGAAGAAGGCGGCACAGGAGAUUGAGGCAGAGAAGAAGAAGGCGGCACAGGAGAUUGAGGCAGAGAAGAAGAAGGCGGCACAGGAGAUUGAGGCAGAGAAGAAGAAGGCAGCACAGGAGAUUGAGGCAGAGAAGAAGAAGGCGGCACAGGAGAUUGAGGCCCUCAAAAGGCAGCUGCAAAAGCAGCAGCAGCAAGGCCAGUAAUGGAGAUGGUGGUGUAUGAAAGCCACCUUCCCACGAAUACUCAGCUGCUGGACGAGGCACUGUUGUGCUUCCCCAAUCUAUGUGCGUUUUUGUAAUUGGUGGGGCAGCCCCACCUAAGCAGGUGCAUUUGCAUGCCAUGUUGAAAAUCUGGCUUGUUGCUCCGAUUCCAUUCAAGUGGCCAAACUUGCAGCCCUAAUCACUAUAGAUAUAUGUGUGUUUCUGCAUCUGUCUGGGUGGCUGUUUUUGCUGUUAUAAGAUGUUUUUUCCUGGGGAGACCCCCGAAUUAGUCGGGAGCGCGAGAUUAUGGCUAGCUGCUGAGAUGUGCAGUUGAGGUCACAGUUGAUGGACCAGUUCGUGUACGCUGGAUUGGUGGCGAUUGCCGAACCCUCUGUCUCUUCGGUUGUUCGGGUGAAUGGAUGAGGAGGGGUCCUUGAAGGCUGGAUGCGCCGCCUUGGAUUUACAGUUCGUAUGGCGUAGUACAGUGUGGUAGUUGUGGAUGGUGCUAUAAGGUGAUAAAUCCUAGAACUGACAAUGUGAUAAAGCGGCCCAGAAGCCUCCCACUCUGUAUCAUUACAUUACAUA